AUGGCUAAACAACCUCUCGACGAUGGCAUUUCUGCUACAAUGCGUGGACUACUGAGUCUAUUGCCUAGCAAUGACAGUGCUGCAGAGCGCAAUUCUUCGUCAGUUUCUCUCGUAGCAAACUUUCGUCAUAUUGCGCCAUCCUCCGUGCUGCAAGGGCUUCAAGCUCUGGUUACAAUGGAAAGCUACUCGCACAUGCUGCAGCGCUAUCCACUGGUUAAACAAGCCUUUUGGGAGCAAGUCCUAGCCUCAGAUCUUAUGGCUAAAGGCUUUGAUACACGUAAACAUCAUAUGCAGCUUCAAGACGAGCAGUUCCCAAGACUUGUGCUGGAUUUCUCGCGUUGUCCGCUCACGACGGAGCUGCUGGAGACGCUGACGGAGUUCUUUGCACAAUCACGAGAAAUGCAGCCAAUCCAUCAUCCGCAAUUGUCAGGUGUCAAGCUAGACAGAGAGGCAAUUUCGUACUGUCGACUGGUUCCAGUGGCUCUAAAGCUCGUCAGGUGCCGACUAACGGCAGAUUCGAUCACAAGGCUCAAGACGGUGCUGGUGUCUGGACUAAGAAGGAAUGACUCCGCGGCAAGAUUUUGCAUAACGUCUUUGAAUUUGAGCGAGAAUCCAAUGCAGAGUGACGAGCUGAUGGCUUUGGCGCGGUUGUUGGACGAGUGCAGACGACAAAGAGAGCAAUGGGGUGGUUUGCCACUGGACGAACUCGUGUUGGAAAACGCCUUGAGUCGGUCACUCACAAUAACAAAUUGGGCGGCCUUUCGAGCGUUUGUGAGUGCGGCGGUCGGUGUCGAUAGACGUUGCAAGACAUCACUAAAGCGGUUGUCGCUGGCAAAUAACUCCUUGAGCUACCACCAUGUCGGUUGUAUUUGCUCGGCCUUAAGAUGUGAAAGCAUAACACUUGAGGAGCUCUCUCUGGCAUGCACAUUUUCAUUGGUAGACCCUGCUGACCGCAAGAUUUGUUGGCAGUGGCUAGCAAUUGGGCUUCGUCCCAUGGUGUUUUGUGGUGGACGGUCAGGGCUUCGACUACUGGAUUUGUCAGGCAACCCCAUGUUCCCCAUGGACAGCGAAGCGUGGCACGAAAGUCUUCGUGACCCUCAAGCAACCGUCUUGCAGUGGAUUGACGAUACAACACCUCAAGCAGUUUCUUGUCGAAAUACGACAGCUCGUUGUCUUUUGUCCAGCAAUACUGAUCUCUACUCAUCCCCAACUGAAGCAUCUGCGCGACUUGUCAACAUCGAGAACGAGGUCAAGGCACUUAGUCUUGAAGCUGACAAUUUCAAACAGUGGGAAGUGAUGGCCAGUCUUCCAGGCAAACAUGGCUGGCUUUGCGUUGUGGUUCCAGGAUUUGGAGUGGCUUGGACUCGAAAAGAAAACGCAAUGACAUGGGAGCAUACCGGGCAAAACCAAAGUGUCGCUUCGGCAAUAUUGUCCGAGCUCGUGAUGAACGACAUGGUAGCCUCUCGGACCACCACAAAGGCGCUUGAGAGCUUUGUCCGCGGUUUUGGUGGAAAACUGCGAUCAUUAGAGCUACGUCGCAACGCAUUAUCUGCCAUGGAGCUGGACGCGAUUUUGGUCAGCUGUCAGCAACUUUAUAGCUUGGAUGUAGAAGGCUGCAGGAUACUGCAACUACAGCUACUUGUUGAUGCUCUUAGGGGAGUUCUAGGCCAAAAUCUCCGGAUAUUGAAUCUCAAUGCCAACCUUAUUGGUGCUGACUCAUUCAACGUUCUCACAUCAGCUUUGCGCGAUCAAAUACCAGAUCGUGUCCCUGUGCUCUAUGAGCUGCGCGUCGCAAACAAUGAGAUUGGUGGCAAUGGUGUGCGGCAUCUGCAUGAUGCUUUGGAAUUUAAUAAAAGGUUGGCGUUGCUGGAGCUGGAUCUACCGGAGAAAGGUACAGAGCCACCUCGGCGGCCUGAUAAUGACGAAUAUGUUCAGCUCUAUCGGACGCGCUGCAUGAGGCUGGAUAUGUCGUUUCAGAACGAGUUGGUGGGUGUUACACCACUGCUUCUUGACCGCAGGCUCGCGUUCUUGCUCGUGCUUAGUGCCCAUGACGUGACACUUGAUCGAGGUAUCUGCUCCGCCAUUUUCAGUUUUGCAGCCGACGAGAAGCGGCGCUGCAUACUUUGGAAUACCGCCCACGCUUGA